AUGAAGACUAAAGAAGUGUAUGCAAUUUUCGCCGUUCUAUUAUAUUUUCAUGUUCUGGGAGUAGAGGGUGACUUUCAGGAAACAAACGAAUCCAGCGAUCCACAUUAUGAAUACAUACAAAUAUUCAGAAGCAUACCAGUUCUCUUUGAAUAUUUACUAAACGUAAUAGAAGUAAGGCCAGAAAUAUUGGAGAAUAACGACGUCACAAUGUUUAAGAGAAACCUUGAUGGUGAGUAUGAUAAGGAAAUGGAAUCUUGUGAUGAAAAUGAUAGAAGCAAACGUGAAAAUUAUGAAAAGGAAGACAAUGUAAAGAAAAGAGACACUGGUGGUUCUAAAGAAACCAGAACGACUGUAGCUUACGAAUAUGGUAACAGCAAUGUUGUCAUGAAAGGCUUGGAUGAAUUCGAGGAAAGUAAAGUAAUUGUCAAAAGAUUUUCUAAUAAUGGUAAUCUGGAUGAGAAUGCAGUAGACGGUAUUUUUAAAAGAAAAGCUAUAUUUAAAUUAGAUGACGAUACAAGAGAUAUGUUCCAUAAAUAUGGUAAAGUGUUUCUUGGAUUUGAACACAUGUUUGGUUUAGAUUUGAAUCCUGAGGACAUUGAAGAUUGUGCAAUUACAACUGAAAAUCUUUUGGAAGAAUACAAUAGUAAGAAAGGAGAUAAAGACAAAUAA